GCACAUCUCCCGUGUUUUACGGUGCAUCUUCUCCUCUACCAUCACCUUCACUCCUUUCGAAAGUUGUGGAGGACAAUAUCGUCGACCAGCAAGAUCGGAGCUGACGGGGAUUUGUCGAUCUCUCACCACGUGGCCGUAAAAGAUUAAGAUUAUCGACUAGAAUCGGCGGGCGGUCGUGGCGUCACGCAAGGCUUAGUUUCUGCAAGUAGCCCUCCCGGCAGACAAUACUCUUGCUACGUCCCGCAUCUCCCCUGCCGUGUCUCGCAUUCGGCGACACAGCCCACCUUCGCACCCGCCAUGGAGCAGGAACUCAACCAAUUCGUACAGGCCAUUCUGAUUGCCUCCGAUCCGCUGCAGAGUUCCCUCCACCAACAGGCCCUCGAGUACCUCUCCGCAAUCCAACAGAACCCCUCGACAUGGCGCCUCGCCCUCGCGGUGUUUGUGGAGGAGGGUCCGAACGGCAGCAGGAAACAUCCCCCUCAGGUCCGGUUCUUCGCACUGCGGGUGCUCGACGAUUUUCUCGACAACCGUUUUGAGCCACUAGACGACGAUACCUUUCAGACGCUCCGACAAUCUCUCUUGACAUACAUCCAAUCCGAAUACCUCUUCGGGUCUGCCGAAGCGGAAGCUUCGUUCCUCCGUAACAAGUUCGCGCACACCCUCACUCUCUUCUUUCUCUGCACUUACGUAGACAAAUGGCCCACUUUCUUCACCGACUUCUUCGCGCUCAUCCGCCCGGCGGAGUCCACUUCCCAAACGACAUACAACCACCACAUCUCCCUCCUUCUCUUCCACAUCGUCCUCGAGAUCUCCGGGGAGGUCGCGGACCAGCUGAUCAAGGCCGCGCGUACGUUCAACCCCGACCGCCAUGCACGCGACUCGCGUGUGCGUGACGCCGUGCGCGAACGGGACGCGGCCCGGAUCAACGAGGCCGUCCUCACCAUCGUCGCAGACGGCGUCGAGCGCAUGGGUCGUCUGCGGAAGAGCGAGCUGUGCCCCGCGACGGAGCGAGAGCUGGACUCAGCCAUCGAGGUUGUGGACUGGGGCGUGCGGACCUUCGCGUCGUACGUCGGCUGGAUCGACAUCAACCUCACCGUGACGCGCGACACCGUCCCGCUGCUCUUCACGCUCCUAUCGGACCCCUCGUUGCCCAUCCGCCUGGCGACGGCGCUCGCGCUCACGCGGAUCGUGGCGAAGGGCUUGAAGGAGCCCGCGGACAAGCUGCAGCUGGUCAAGGUGCUCUCGCUCGGGCAGGUCCUCGAGGCGCUCGAGGAGCGGACCCGCGCCGAGCAGAAGAGCCGGGGCUCCGACACGGACGAGGGCGAAGAGUCCUAUCGGGAGGCGCUCGGUAAGCUGCUCAACGUCCUCGGCCUAGAACUGUGCAAGUUGACCGACGAGUCGCCCGACGAGAGCGUGCGUCCCGAAGCGACCCAGCUGCUCAACCAGGUGCUGCCUGUCAUGCUGCGCUUCUUGGCCGACGAGUACGACGACACUUGCUCGACGGUGUUCCCUCUGCUACAAACUGUUUUGCUCACUUACAAGCGACAACGAAAAUCUUCCACAGAUCCGCUAGAUCCCGCAAAACGGUCGUUCCUUUCAUCACUGCUCUCCGUCAUCCUAGAGAAACUCAAGUGGGAUGAGGAGUCGGACCCAGAAGACAUGGAUGAGGACGACAAAGCCGCGUUCGAGGAAUUGCGAAAGGAGCUUAGAACAUUCAUGGACUCGACACUUCUGAUAGAUCCUGAACUCGUUACAGAAUCUGUUCGCACACUAGCCCUAAACACGCUCACUGCAUACCAGAAUGGUGUCGCACUGAAAUGGAACGACGCUGAGCUGGCCGUCUACCUCGUAUACAUCUUUGGCGAAAUUAACAAAACUGGAGGCAAGGGUCGAGCCGCUUUCUGCCAAUCACCAACCAUGACCCGUGACAAGCGAAAAGAGACCGACUUCUCGGAAUACCCGCUUACAAGCCACGGCGAAAUGCUCUACGCUCUCGUACAAUCUGGCAUCUCGGAUUACCCGCACAAAACCGUUUCCAUGCAGUUCUUCGAGACCGCCGCGCGAUACGGCGACUUCUUCAAGGUGCGAAAAGAGUGCAUCAUGCCAACCCUCCAGGCCAUGCUCGGCGUCCGAGCGCUGCACAGUCCAGAUUCGAGCACAAGAUCUCGCGUCUUUUACCUCUUUUACCGCUUCAUUCGAGAAGACCGGAACGAAAUCCCGCCAGACCUCGCUAUUUCGCUUCUUGACGGCUUCCGUGACCUCCUUGUAAUUCAUGUUGAGCUUCCCGAGCUCGAGGAUCCGCAAUCGCAAGAUAUGCUGACAGAGGCUGUUUCGGCGUCGACGAUCUUCGACUCACAAUUAUACCUGUUCGAGGCAGCUGGGACGCUCGUCUCGCUACUGCACAAGACCCCUGACCAGGCAGCUGCGCUGCUCCUCUCGGUUGUACGACCACUAUUGGACGACCUAUCCGCGAGCCUGCAGGCGGUGAAGGGCCCGGAAGAUGUUUUGCCGAUUUUAAGGAUUCACCAUAUCAUCAUGGCCUUAGGUAAUAUCGCGAAGGGCUUCCCCGAGUAUCCGAGCCCUGUCCCAGAGGGGUACGUCGCUCCGCCAUUGGAUGUCUUCAGAGAAGUUGGCCAGGCUAUUCUCGUCUGCCUAGAAGCCAUGAACGUCUUCCGGGUUGUGCGCGAUGCGACACGCUUCGCCUUCGCUCGGAUCCUCGCCACGACAGGAUCCAACGUGGCGCAGCUCAUCCCGACGCUCAUGGCGAACCUCCUGGCGCAUUUCGAACCGACGGAGCUGAUUGACUUCAUGAACUUUAUCGGGCUCUCUAUCCACAAGCUGCAGGAAGACAUGUCGGACGUCCUCGACCAGCUUGUCGGCCCGCUGAGUGCGCACAUCAAUGGCAUCCUAGCGCAACCUGUCACGGGUACGGACGACCAGGUUACGCAAGUCGAUACCAAGCGUGCAUACCUCGGCCUUCUCAUCAGUAUCCUCUCUUCCAAGCUCCAUGCCGUGUUCAUCUCUGAUCGUAACAAAGGUCAGCUAGAGGUCUUGCUGGAGAGCAUGCUGCGCUUGGCAGAGGAUCCUUCGGAUCUUGUAAGUGAGAAAGCUGCAUUCCAAUUUCUCGGCCGCUGUGUCUCCGUCUGGGCCGAGCCGCCAAAGGCUCCUGGUGCACAACAGAUCCUGCCUGGAUUUGAGCGCUUCGUGUACGAGCGCAUGGUCCCAAGCGCCUUCGCCGUCCUCUCUUUGCCACAGUUCAACAUCAAGGACGGACAGAUCGUUGUUGUUCUCCAGGAAAUUGCCAACUUCCUGCAAACUGUCUCGAGGACGCGCGGGCAGGAGGCUUUCGACUUCUUCGUCUCGGUCUUCCUCCCGUCCCAGAACUGGCCGCAGCCCACUGCGGUCGAGUUUGCGACGAAGAUGCGCGACCUCGACGGGAAGGCGUUCCGAAAAUAUUUCACCGAUUUCGUACGUGCCUCUCGCGCAGGCUCAUGAGGUCCAACAUCCCUGGCACCUCUGCGACGACAGCCGUCACUCGAUAUCCAACGUAUUUUUAUGUCAUGUCUCGUCUCACGUCACUCCACAUUACGCGCUACGCACUCCUCACUGCUGUCUACUAGUGCAUACAUUACCCGUUGUCGCCUGCCUAUCUAAACUCACAAAUCUGUCGCAACGUUAUUGCAUUUCUCCGUUGUUCUUCGCCGGCCUCAUGAUCCGUUGCAAUCAGUAACACCACUGUAUCAACCACCCCCAUUGUACCUAUGCAAGCCCUCUGUCCGUAAUACUGUAGUUGCUAGUGAUAGUUGCUCGCUAGAGGAAAGAGACUAAGAUUAGC